AUGCUCCUGACUGCACAGACGGAUUUCGGGCUCGGCAUGCUUCGACACGCCUCAGCCGAUGAGCCCGUCGUUGUAUCGCCUCUUUCAGUGACUUUCGCACUCGCCAUGGUCCAGGCUGGUGCAAAGGGAAAUACCAGAGAACAGAUCAAUGAUAUAAUAUCACGAUCUGCGUCCGAUGAACAAACCCUUGACUAUUAUUCAGAACUAUCGGAAUCCGUUCUGAAAGCCACUGAUGGAGUGCAAUGUAAGAUAGCAAAUGGGCUCUACUUAGACAAAAAAUUCGAAAUCGAGAAGGACUACGAGGAUACGGUCACUAAGAAGUACUCGGCGAAAGUGGAACGUCACGAUUUUAGCAAAGCAGAUGAGACUGCGAAGAUUAUCGACGAGUUUGUGAGCACAACAACGGCGGGCAAAAUCCACGACAUUGUGAACGCAGAUACUGUUACAGGUGCUUUUUCAUUAAUCGUCAAUGCUAUCUACUUCACUGCCGAGUGGGUUCAUAAAUUUCCUGGUAGGGGACCAAAACAAAUGUUCUUCAGUGCAGAAGACAAACAGAGGGAGAUGGAAUUCAUGUACCAUUCCAAGGUAUACAGAUACUAUGCUGAGGAUGAAGACAUUCAACUGUUGUCGUUGCAGUACAAAGACACUACAUAUGCGUUCAAUAUUUUCCUGCCAAAAAAGAGAUUUGGACUUGACAAACUGCUAAAGACUAUUGACGGAGCAAAAAUUCAGGAGAUGUUAUCCAAAUUGGAGAAUACCUAUAUCUCGUUGACCAUCCCAAAAAUGAAGAUAGAAACCGAUUUUAAACUGAAAGAAGCGCUAAUGCAGAUGGGCGUCACCGAGAUGUUCAGCGACAAGGCUGACUUGAGCGGUAUCACCACGUCAACACCUCUGAAGAUCUCCGAGGCAGCACAUAAGGCUAUGAUUGAGGUUGACGAAGGUGGAACUACUGCAGCUGCGACUACAAUCUCUGUGAAGGGCCGUAUGUGUGGGAAUCUUAAUGAACCAAAACAAUUCGGAGCAGACCAUCCAUUUAUUUUCGUUCUUACCAAAAACAAUAAUCCGCUAUUUAUGGGACAGUUUGUUUGA